AUGGCCGAAGAAGCAGGUACAAGGAGGAGGAAUUACUGCACAUGGGAUGAUGAGAUGGAUGCUGCAUUGCUUGAAGUCUUAGUUGAGCAUCACAACAAGGGUGACCAUGCCCAAAAUGGAUGGAAACCACAUGUGUACACGCAUGCCAUAAGGAAUGUGAAGGACAAGUGCAAUAAGGAUAUCACAAAGGAUAACAUAAGUGGAAGGAUGAGGACUUUGGAUCAUCACUAUGAGGUCGUUAGCAAAAUCCUUUCUCAAAGUGGUUUCGGCUGGGGUUGGACCAAUAAUAGGCUAUCAAUGGAUAGUAAUGAUGUUUGGGAUAAAUAUGUGGAGGCUAACAAGGCAAGCAAGGAGAUAAAGUCUUACAAGACCAAAGUAAUCAAGAACUGGGAGUCCAUAUGUAUCGUAUAUUCAAAAGAUCAUGCUAAUGGCGAGGGUGCGAAGACAGGUGCUGAGAUUGCUGCAGAGCCAUUAGAAGAACCAAUUGAAGUCUCUCCAGAAUUAGCGCCAAAGAGGUAG